CCUCUCCUACCAAACGACCCGUUAAUGCUUAUGUAAUGUAAUCUCCUUCUUUGCGUUAAAAAAAAAUGGAAUACGCCGGACCUAAACCUCCCCAGUCCCCAGCUCACCACCAAGUUCAACGACCGCACCACCAGUCCUCCAGUGAGUUCUCCGUUCUCUCUCUACUAUCUCCUUCCAUUUAAAUUCGCGCAAUUUGACCGUCAACCUGUUCAAUUAAGCUCCAAAUGAAUCGACUUAGUUCAUCUUUUGCAGCCCCAAGAAUUCUUCUCUCAAAUUACAGCACAAAAUCUGCACUCACUCCAUCAUCAACAUCUUUCAAUCCUCCGAUUGUUCCAAACUCAAAACCCAGCUUAAACCCACUUUACUCUUUCCUUCCCGAAACCCAGAACCCCAAUAAUUUAGUCAAUCUAAUUUGUUUAGCUCUCAAAAAAACCAAUUUCCAAAUUACCCAUCUCGCAAAUCAGUUGCAGGACCUAAUUCCUCAUUUGGGUACCCAAGAAAUUUCUAGGGUUUUGCUUAGAUGUCAGUGUGAGUCCCAGUCUGCUCUUAUUUUCUUUAAUUGGGUGAAAAAUGAUCUGGGUGUUAAGCCAAAUUGUCAUAAUUACUGUAUUAUUGUUCAUAUAUUGGUUUGGUCUCGGAAUUUUGUACACGGGAUGAAGCUUUUGUCUGAAUUGAUUCGAUUCCAGUCGGAUGAGAGUGAAAAGGUUGACAUUUUUCAGGGUUUGGUUUCGUGUUCCGAGGAUUGUAAUUGGGACCCUGUUGUGUUUGAUAUGCUUAUAAAAGCUUAUAUGAAAGAUGAUUUGAUAAAGGAAGGUUAUAGGGUUUUUAAGAAGAUGGUUAAGAUGGGUUAUGUGCCUCAUGUUUUGGCCUUUAAUUGUUUGUUGAGUGGGCUCUCGAAGGCAAAUUGUGUUGAUAAUUGCUGGGAACUUUAUAAAGAGAUGUGGAGGAUUGGAAUUAAUCCGAAUACGUGUACGUUUAAUAUUUUUACUAAUGUGUUGUGCAAGGACCAAAGUGUAGACAAGGUAAAUGAGUUCUUGGAGAAGAUGGAGGAAGAAGGAUUUGUGCCUGACCUUGUGACUUAUAAUACACUUAUUGGUAAUUAUUGCAGAAGUCGUAGGUUGGAUGACGCGUUUUAUUUGUAUAAGAUUAUGUAUAGGAGGGGUGUUGUUCCUGAUUUGGUCACAUACACUUCGUUAAUGAAUGGACUUUGUAAAAUUGGAAAGCUAAAGGAAGCUCAUCAGGUUUUCCAUAGAAUGGUUGAUAGAGGACUGACUCCAGAUAUUGUAUCGUAUAAUUCUCUAAUUCACGGUUACUGUAUAGAGGGAAGGAUGAAAGAUUCGAGGCUCCUACUUCAUGAUAUGAUUGCAAAGGGGAUUAGCCCAGAUACUUUCACCUGUCAGGUUCUUGUAGAAGGAUUCGUGAAAGCGGGCAGCUUGCGUUCAUGUUUGAAUAUGAUUGUGGAGCUUAAAAGGUUUGGAGUUACAAUUUCUAGUGACGUAUACAAGUAUUUGGUUAUCGCAUUGUCUCAGGAGAAUCACCCAAUUGCAGCUGUUAAACUUUUAGAUAGAAUGUUGGAAGAUGGUCAUGAGUCGGAUGUGGAGAUUUAUGAUAAAUUGAUCAAAUCAUUCUGUGAUAGUGAGCUCCUAGAAGGAGCAUUGCUGCAUAAAAGCAAGAUGCUAGAAAGGAGGGUUAAACCAUGUUUAGCAAUAUAUCAAAACCUAAUAAGCUGUUUGUGCAGAUUGAGAAGAUGCUUGGAGGCAGAAGUUUUGAUGCAAGAAAUGGAUUUAUUUGACCUUAAACCUGACAACAAUAUCUGCAGGGCUUUGAUAUUUGCCUAUUGUACAGAAAAUAAUUUUGAUAAAGCAGAAUCCUUGCUUCUUUCACUUUCUAUCAAGUAUCAGCUUUACGAUACAGAUAGUUAUAAUGUACUUCUUAAGAUAAGGAGUGAGCAAAGCAGCAUUACUGAAUUGAUGGAGUUACAGGACAAGAUGCUGAAAUUGGGUUUUGCACCUAAUGGGUUGACCUUCAAGUAUGUGCUUCAGGGAUUACAGAAUACUGUUAUGAAGGACAAGGGCAGUUUUCAAGCCUGCAGUCAGUUGCAAUAGAUGAAAAUGAUAGAUGUUUGUGCCUUUGUGGUUGCUUGAUUUUAAUCUUUGAAGUUUACCUUCAUUCCUAUUGUUUGGUCUUGCUCUCGGACUGGUGGAUACACAUUUGUCUCCCCCCGUGUCAUAUUGGUGCUUCUAUCUUGAAGAUUUUCGAAGAUUCUGACUUCUGAGACCCUGAGGACGACAGUUGGUGAGAAGCUGAAUUGGUGCAUAUAAUUUUGGUUGGAAAACAUAGUGGUGGUGUUGAUGUUAUACUUGUAUGUCUACUUCAACUGGCCACUAAGCAGAUAUGACAUUCAUGGAUCGGCCUUCACUGGGAAUAUCUGUUAUGUAAACCGGACAACUCUGAUUGCAGUUGUUGAUUUCCUUGGAGUGCACUCUGACUCUGUGAGUAUGAUGCCUUUCUGGAGAUAAAUAAAAAACAUGCGCAAUCAAGUACAGUACGUUGGACCCCAUUAAGAGACUCCCCUUAUUCAUGCUCAUACUCGUCUAUGACUAUGAGUGACCAUUAUCUGGUGAGUAGACGUUUACCUACCGUCUCUUCCUAUUUCAUGCCUUAUUAUUAUGUUGUAUAGAUUGGCUGAUCUGUACUCUGUGGUACUCCAGCUUUUUGCAUUAUUCUAGAUGUAAUGUUGAUUAGUUUUUGUUUUGAGAUGAUUCUAGAUCUGCCUUUUUUUUUAUCUCAAGACUACUCUUGAGUCUUGACCAUUGAGUGAAUGAAAUUCUGGACAUGUCUAUAGAGUAUCACCAUUCACCAAUGCAAAUCAAUCCUAGCCCUUCAUUUUUAAUUUAUUUCUCCUUUUUGUCUUAAAUGCUUUUUCUUUUCUUUUAUCUUUUUGUUUCUUAACUUAAAAUUAAUUUUAUUAUUUCGGAAAUUUUUAAAAAAUAUUUUUUGUACCAAAAAUAAAAAUUCAUAUUUAUUUUUUAUUGAUUAUUCUUUUGAAUAUUUAGACACAAAAAAAGCUGAUUAAAUUCUGAAAAUAAAAAAUUAUCAUAUUUAUCAAAAUUAAAUUCUUAAAAAUUAUCAAAAAUUAUCCUUUUUAUUUCUUAAAGAUCCUUACAACUCAAAAAUUAUUCUUUCUUUCUAUUAAAUUCAGAAAAUUAAUUGGGCAUAUUUAAUUAGCAAAAAAAAUCAGAAGUUUAUGAAAAAUUAAUUGCAAUGAGAGGAAGGGUGAGGAAGGAGGUUGAGAGGUAGAUCUUGGUUAAUUGAUGAGGGAGGCGGGGAUAAGGAGAGAGGAGGGCGGCGCAAGGUCGGUUGCGCCAGGAGGAGAGAGGAGGGCGGCACACGACGAGGGUUGCGUGAGGAGGAGAGAGAGGGGCGGCGGGGAUGACUGCGUUAGGGAGGAGGAGAGAGGAGGGCGGUUGGGAUGACUGCGUCAGGGAGGAGGACAGAUGAGGGCGGUUGGGAUGAUUGCGUCAGGGAGGAGGAGAGAGGAGGGUGGCGUGGUGGAUCGAAGCAGCGGAAGGGGGUAGGAGAGAGGAGGGUGGCGUGGUGGAUCGAAGCAGCGGAAGGGGGUAGGAGAGAGGAGGGUGGCGUGGUGGAGGUUGAUGGUGGAAGUUGGAAAGCAGGCAUGCCUGUUUGGAGAGAUGAUGGUGAGAGUGUGGUGUAGUUUAAGUGAGUGUAAUGAGGGUGGUGUAGUUUAAGUGAGUGUAAUGAGGGUGGUGUAGUUUAAGUGAGUGUAACGAGUGUGUUGUAGUUUAAGUGAUUGUGGUGAAGUUUAAAUUGUGUAGAGAUGAGCAAUAAUUAACGAGAAAAUCUCAUAAUUUCGAGGCUAAAGAUGUGCACUUUGACGUUUUUUAUACUUCCUCCGUUUCGGAAAUAUCGCAACAUGUUUGACUUUUACUCCUCUAACCAGGGAGGUGAUAAAUCCAAGGAAAUUUUUACUUCGUCUAAGGAAAUUCACAUUUUUUCAAAGUUGAUUUCCUUGGAAGAAGUGAAUUCUUUCUUGGAUUUAUCAUUUCCCCUCUAACCAUUAUUUUGAAUCUUAAUAUCUCAAUCGAUUGCAAGUAAAAUUAUAAAAAAUUAAUAUUUAAAAAAUAUAUAUCGAUACGAAUCUAACAUGACCCCACAUGACUACAACUUCCUUACGUACGAAUCAAAAAAAUGGCCAAAGUCGUAGUGUGAAUAGUGUAAAAAACAAAUGACGCAAUAUUUCCGGAACGGAGGAAGUAUAUUGUGCCUUAAAUGUGGACUUUAGUUGACUUGGAGUAUGUGGCUCGGAUCUCGAUUUCCGAGCGCUAUAUAUAAGAUUAAGCUAACGAGAGCAUAAGUUUUAUGUGUUUUUCAAUGUAAGGAAGUAACAAACAUGUAUGUUGUGUUCUAUUCAUUUAAGUUCUAUGUUUAUUCAUUAAAGCUUUAAUUUUAUAUAUUUAAAACUAAACUUUUAUUCAUCGAAGUUCACCGUUUAUUCAUUUUCAAGUUUUUAUAGAUUUUCAUUUUUAUUCAUUUAGUUUACUUUAUUUUUCUUUCUUUUUUCCUCUUUUCUCACCACUUUAAUUAUGAAAAUGCUAAUAUAAUCUUAAAUAAGUUGAGUUUUAAGUAUAUAAAAUUGAAGCUCUAAUGAAUAGAAGUGGAGCAUAAAUGAAUAAAAGUUGAGCUUAAAUGAAUAAAAGUCGUGCUUAAAUGAAUAAAAAUCGUGCUUAAAUGAUACUGUUUUUUACUUAAAAUCAUUAACUGUAUAUUCUUAAUCGUUACAUUUCAUUUAAUUCCAAGAGUUAUAUAUGACCAUGAUUAUUUCUUUAAAAAAUAUUUAUUUUUAGUCAAACACAACUUAAACACUAACCUAUGACUCGUGUGAUUAUUAUAAUUGAAGAAAGCUAAAAGAUUGAAAGUUUGAUAAUUCCCAAACUAAAUUUGGUCAUUACCAGAGCACAAAAAUAUAGUUUGCAUUUAGCCAACUAUGUCAUUGAUCAUUACCAAACUUUAUCUUAGGGAAAUUAAACUGUAUUUUUGGGAAAUGACCAAACUUUAUUUUUGGGUAAUGACCAAAAUUUAUUUUGGGAAUUACCAAACUUGAUUUUCGGUAAUUAACUGCAUUUUUUUAUUCAGGUAGUGACGAAAAGGUAACUUGGAAAUUACCAUAGCUUUUGAUCUUUUAGUUUUUUCAAUUAUAAUAAUCAAAUUAAAAAUGAAAAAGAUAUUUGCAAUUCAUAAGUGUCAUAUGCUAAUGUUUAAGUUGUGUCUUAUUCAUUUAAGCAUUAAUUUUAUGUAUUUAAAACUAAACUUUUUAAUUCUUCGAAGCUCACCGUUUAUUCAUUUUCAAGUUUUAUAAAUUUUAAUUUUUAUUCAUUUACGGAGUAGUUUUUUUCCCCCUAUUUUCUCACCACUUUAAUUAUGAAAUGCUAACAUAAUCUUAAAUAAGUUGAGUUUUAAAUGUAUAAAUUUGAAGCGUAAAUGAGUAAGCGUGGAGCAAAAAUGAAUAAAAAUGGAGCUUAAAUGAAUAGUAAUUGAUCUUAAAUGAAUAAAAGUCGUGCUUAAAUGAUACUCUUUCUUACUUAAAAUCAUUAACAGUAUAUUCCUAAUCGUUACAUUUCAUUUAAUUCCAAGAGCUAUAUAUGACCAUGGUUAUUUCUUUUAAAAAUAUUUAUUUUUAAUCAAACACUAACAUAUGACUUUGUGUGAUCCAAAGGUUAAUAAUUCCCAAAUAACCUUUUAUUAAUAACCAUAACAAAAAAAAUAAAGUUUGUAUCUAGUCAACUACGUCAUUGGUCAUUACCACAUAUUGAAACUGAAUAAAAACUUGAAAAUGAAUAAACGGUGAGCCGAAUGAAUAAAAAUUAAAACGUAUAAAACUUGAAAAUGAAUAAACGGUAAGCUUCGAUGAAUUAAAGUUGAGUUUUCAAUAUAUAAAAGUGAAGCUUAAAUCUUUAACUAUAUGCUCUUAAUCGUUAGAUUUCAUUUGGUUUCUAAAGGUAAACCAAAAUGCACCACACUCCCACCCUCAUCUCUCCAAAAUGCACAACAAUCUUUUUGGAUUUCCUCCACCACCAUCAAAACUGAUUCCUUCUACCACCAGUAACUCACACAUUAUUUCCUCUAAACUGUCGCCAACGCCCACCGCCUGCCGCCUGCUGCCCUCCCCCUCCCCGUCACGACCUUUCCCGCCGCCCUCCUCUUCCCCGUCGACGCAACCCCUCCUGCCUCCCUCUUCUAUCCCACUCCAGACGCAACUUCCGGCCGCCUUCCUCUCUCCCUCCCCAUCCCUUCUCGUCGCCUAUCACCACUAUCAAUCGCGCAACUCUCAUUCUCAGUCUCCUACUAGAUCGCCGCCCACCACCACCAUCAAUCACUCAACCCACCUGGCGCCGCCCAACACCACCAUUUCCUCACGCAAUCUUUCCCUCUCCGCUCCAAAUUUUCAAGGUUUGAGAUGAUAAUUUAACACCACAAGUGAUGAUAAUUUUCUAAUUUUCUGAUUUAAUUUGAAUUUUUUUUGGGCAAUUUUUCAGAUUUAAUUGGAUAAAAAUGAUAAUUUUUAUUUAGAGAAUUUAAUUAAUUGUUUUUGGGCGAAAAAAAUUAAAAGAAUUAAACAUUGAAAAAAAAAUUGAUUUUUAUUUUUGGUAAAAAUGAUUUUAAAAUUUUUUCUGAAAUAAUAAAAAUGAUUUAAAGUAAAUAAAUAAAAAAGAUAAAAGAAAAGAGAAAGGAGAAAGUAAAAAAAAAAAUUGAAAGACUAGGAUUUAUUUGACUAUGGUGGCACCCAAUAGGUGUAUCACCUUAGAAUUCUUAUGAAAUUCUUCUACUUGGGCUAUUGUUAUGACUUGUGAGUUGUGACAUUGAUUCAUGCAAAAAUUUACUUUUGUUCACAGUCCCAAUCAUAGUUAUUUUUUUCUUUUCUUUUCUUGGAGGGUAUUAGCUUUGAAAUAAGUUUUUGUUAUUUAUUUUCAAACAAUGUGUGUUGUGGUUGUACAAUAUAUAGAACUGGACGGUUCUUACAAUUAUUGUGAGAAUUGGACGGCCUAAUCUGUUUUGAAGUGUGACUUCUGAUGUCUCAAACUUAAUUGACGGGAGAGAUCAAUAUCAUUCAAGACUUGUUAUAAUUUUUUUCCCGAAAGAAACAUGAAAAAUAAUUUCCAUAAUUUUAUUAAAGUACUUGUACUACAUAAGCCAACUAAAUUAAAUCUGUUCACCUUCUUUUUUAACUGACUACGGAGCAUUAAUAUUUCUUGUUGAAAUACAUUUUUAAAGACAUUGAGGUUAAUUUAUCGGCAAAUGAGAAAUGUAAGGAAUCAACUUAAAAAAUGUGGAUUUCUUUGAAAGAAGUAAAAAUCUCCUUAGAUUUAUCAACUCCCAUCCCUUAUAUGAUAAUAGGUGUUGUUUUGUAAGAGUACUAGACGUUGAUAACGAGGUUGAUUAAUGGCAUUUAAUAUUUAGUGAAGUGAGCAAUUAGUCAUUUUACAAUGUUGAUUAGAUUGGAAAUAAUAGCUGCAUUUAUUGACGAUAGGAAGUUAUGAGUAGUAAAAAGAUCAUGUUAAAACUUCUGGUUUCGUUUAUUUACGUUGUAGCAUUGGCGAAUCAUUUUUUAGAUUGAGAUUUCUAUAUCUUUCGAAAAUGUUGAUUAUGGUCUAUCGGUUUAGAACAGACGUAGACGUAGACGUAGACGUAGUGCAUUAGAUAUUGAAUACCCUGUUUUGGCAGUUUACAGCAUAUGGUUAUUGUUACCACUUAACACUUACCACUUACCACUUACCACUUACCACUUACCACCAAAGUUAGUUGCGAAAUUGAGUCCGAGUUAAUGCAGACGAUAAUUGAAUUUGGCUUGCAUGCAACUACAAGGCAAUGAUGUAUUUCGAGUAACGACUAACGAGGCUUGUUGACAUCUACGAUGGGUUCUUGGGAUCUAACAUUUCCAGAGAUAUAACUUAUGAAUUAUGAAGAGGCCGUUGUAUAAGUUACAGUUUGUACUUGUCAACUGUUGUUUUAGUUGACUUAAUUUAAUACCUGGCCUUUUAAAGUAACUUCCACCUACCUUGAUGUACUCCACUUGUCUUUUGUGCAUGUCUUUGUUUCAUCACAUAGUUUUAUUUUCUUGUAUAGACCACAAGUUAAAUGCCUUUCAUAAAUUCCUUUUCCUUUUCCUUUUCCUGGCACCGCGGUCACCGCCCUCCUUUUCUACUCUUGGUACGUGUAGACUGACGGUAGAGUAUCACUCAUUAAACUCGAUCAACCCUUUAUUCCAAGGCAAGUACCAAUUCCACUAAGAAUGUGACACAUUUUGGAAAACUAGUCACAUAAUCGAUAUUACGGAGUCACGAGUGCGAGUGCGAGUGCGAGUGACACAACUUAGAUUUUGUUAUGUGACUACUUCACUUUAGUCUUCUUAAACUUGGGUAAGUAUGAUCUAAUAAAACAUAGAAAAAACCUGAUACGAUCCCGGUUAAUUUACACUUGUCUUAGGAUCCUAGCUAGAGGAAAUACAUAGGAGAUAUAAACUACUCCCUCUGUCCCUUAAUACUCGCACCGAUUUGACCGGUGCGGAGUUUAAGAUAUUUAAAUUGACUUAUUAAUUUAAUGGGUGUUAGUUGAUAGUGGGGUAUUUUUAAUAUAGUUAGUGGAAAAUGUGUAAGAGGUGGAGAGUGGUGAGUGAGUGUGUGAAUCUUUAAAUGAUUUUUUGUAGGGAAUAGGGAUGUAGGUGGGGUUAGUAAGUAAGUGUGAGAAAUAAUAUAAUAUUGGUAUAAAUUUCCAUUUAUAGAAGCGGUGCAAGUAUUAAAGGACGAUCCGAUAAGGAAAGCGGUGCGAGUAUUAAGGGACGGAGGGAGUAACAAAAUACUCCGUCAUCCUUGAGGUUAAAUUCAUCCUCUUUUUUGUCUUUUCCUUCUCCUCUUGGGCCCGGGUUUAUCUAAUAUGCAUGAGGAUUAAUGCUUGCUUAACAACGCUCCUACUUUUUAAUUUUUUUCAUGUGUGUUAAUUGUGAAAUAGGGAGUAUUGAUUAAGGGAAAAACAAAGGAUGUAGACAUUAGCAGAUCCAGAUAUUCAUUCUAAAAUAAAACCAAAACACUAUAGCCGGCGUAUAGGGGUGCGCUGCGGCUGCUCAGUGCCUGUUGCCUACCUUGGGGCUAUGGAUAUACUCCCUCUGUCCCUUAAUACUCGCACCGUUUUGACUUUUUACACUAUUCACAUAAUUCACUUUGACCCUAAUUUAUUUCUAGUAUAUGAAAAUAAAUGUUAGUAUAUAAUAUAUUGUUGGCUUCAUCUUAAUAUAUAUUUUCAAAAUAUUAAUAUCUUU